ACGAAUGACGAUGUUUUUGGUAAAACAUGAAUUAAUCUAUAACACUGACUCACACUUUUCACGUGUAGUUUAGCACUUCCAGGAAGUGGUGUGUCGCGACGAACUUCACGAGACACUUUCUCAGUAAAAGGUAACAUUAAGAAUAUAUGUUAAAUUUAUAUUAUAAUAGUGAUAUUGUCAUUAUUGACGUCUGUUGUCGACAGUCGGGCUUCUACAGUAUUCGCGAGCCGGUUUUCUAUCGCCGCCUGGAACGACAUGGAUGAAUAAAGUGAAACACGAUCAGCUCUGCUAUGAAACUUUUAAAUGAACCUCAUGUCAUAUUUUGAAGUUUACCCCAAAUUAUGACGAUACAAUAUUGAGAUGGCAUCCUCACUCGACAAAUCUCGCGAUUCACGUCCAGGUAACAGCCAAAUGGUGAAGGCCCGUCUCCUGUCUUCAAGACAGCUUCUGGUGGAAGCCCUCUAUCAUCUGGGCCCUCUGCUAGACUGUGUUAUUUCUGUAGGGCUGCUCACCACAGACAACUCUUAUGAGAUUUACGCUGAACGGACGCCAACAAAUAAAGCCCGAAAACUUUUAGAGAUCGUUGAUGCUCAGAUGGAUGAGAGGGACGCCUCUCGCUUCAUGGAGUGCUUGAGGAACUGCAUAAAACACUACCCGCGAUUGCGAACAUGGUUAUCUUCAGAAGAAGACAUGUUGAAUGUGCCAAGUCUUCAGCAAGGUCCAACAGAAUGUCACCUCCAGACCCACUUCAGUGUUUUGUGCUCACGCUUGGGUUGUUCUGUUCUGCCCGUCUCAUUGGAACUCUUCUCCAGAGGCAUUCUGACUCAGCUGGAACUGGAAAAAGUCCAAGCAGUACCCACUCCAACCCAGCAAGCACAAUCUCUGCUGUCCAUCUGCCUGAAGAAAGGAGAAAAGGCUUGCAAGAGCUUUUACACAGCGCUACAGGACGAGGACCAGCAGUUGGCCGAGGAACUCGACGUUAAUGGUCUGGUGGAAGAUCUUCCAUGUGCGUCUCUAAAUAAAGAGCAGGAGGGCCGCAGCGUACUGAUAGCAGUGGAGGAAACGGGAGGUCAUAGUAGGGCAGCUUUGCCUCUCUCAGGACGCCUGCAGCAGGUCAUGGUUCAGCUGGGUAUGACUGUUGGAGAUGAAAUAAGGUUUAAUGUCUGUGAGCUGGGUGUGGCCGUGGGCUUGCCGCGUCGGACAGUCAGAGAGUGUCUUCUUGAAGGGGUCGGCAUAGAAGACUCAGCCCAGCUGGAGGCUCUAGUGUCCCUGUAUAUGGAGAAGACACAGAAUGCAGAAAGACUACAGAGCAGAGUGAAAGAGCUCAGUCCUCAAUGGUUUCAGCUCUCUGAGAGGGGGUGUCUGUUGUUGAGGUUAGUCCAAAAGGCUGAGACUCUGCUGCGCAGUGGGACCCACAGCCACCUGCACGGCUGGGACCACCUGCACGAUCAGGACCAUUUACGCAGCUGGGACCACCUACAUUCUGGGGACCGCACAGACCAGCGCGCCGUGUGGGCCAUCUUCAGUUUUCUGGUGUGGGACUGCAUGGCUGAGGUUCUAGAGGAACCAGAAGCAAAAUCGAGCGGAGGCCUGCUGGGUAUGAUUGAGCAGCUGAGGACCAGUGGGAGGGUGGAGGCCUGUUUGCUGCAGGAGGUGGAGCAGUGUUGGACAGAAGGUGAUGCCGAGAGUCUUUUACAGAGCGUGAGAGUACUCGCUCAGAUGCUGAGGGACCUACAUCCUUGCCAGGAAGAUUUCCAGCUUUCCUCUCAAGUUGAGGGGCUGUCUUUGUGUAGACCUGGUAGUAUAAACAGGGUCACAUCCUUCCAGGGUGUUUCGGCACGGAUCAUCCGUAAAGCUCGGAGCAGCAUGGUUCCAUCCUCCUCGGACCAGGACGUGACACCUCUAGCUCGACAAUAUAGGGAGAUGUGCGUUCGCAUUGCACGUUUACUGGAAGCGGUGCGGCCAAAGAAAGAAACCUUUGACUUUUCGAAUGCGGCCAUUACUGCAGUCACUCAGCAUGUACGGUUUGUCUUAUCAGAUCGCGCUUUUGGCUCCGGGGCCUUUGACGCGGGAGUUCACCAUCGCUUGCUAUCCGUGUUGGAGUUUAACCCUGCACAGUUGGGCUUGGGAUCUCUAAUGCGGCUCCACCAGGAGACUCUGUCGCACUUGGAAAGCUACUUGCAACUCGGAGAGCAUCACAACUUCCAGUUUGUUUUGGAGUCGGUUCGGAUACUCGGACCCGCAAAGCUGCUUUCAGUCAGAAAGGUUUACGGGCCCGUCGCCAUUGACAGUGGAGUGGAGGAGGUACUUCGUUUUAGAACAUCAGAGCUCACUUCUUUCCUGGUUCGAAUACACUGCCUCUGCUAUGAAGAGGGGAGAGGAUGCUUCAAGGUUGGCACACCACGCUGCAUGUGUAUGGAUCUGCUCAAAGCAGAGGGUUUGCGUGAGAUGCUUGGUGGGAACAUUCUGGCUGAAGUCAGAGGGAAAGUGUGGAUUAGAGAGGGAGAAAGUGACGGGUGGGAUAAACUGCAGUCUUUGGCUCAAAGAUGCUCUGCUCAGAUCAGAGAUGAAGGCUGCUGCUUUAAAGUCAUAAACACUGGAUUAGAAUGUGAGAUCAAAUUCAUAUAUAGGAGUCAAAGGUUGUGGGCGGAGCCACAUAGGGACUGCGAGGUAAAUUAAACUU